GGAGGCCAGGCCAGCCAGCAGUCAGUGAGUGAGUGGUGUGUGAGCGAGGCGGACACGGCCUGGCAGUCUACCUCUACACCAACAACACGCGGGAGGACCUAUACACCAUCCAUCCCAUCCCGUCCCCAUCCCACACCCCCUCCCGUCCACGGUCUCUCUCCCAAACAAGAGAUAACACACCGCUGCCUCUCUGACUCACCCGAUAAAAGGUAGUGGUGGUGCUUCGGGUUACUAUUUUCAGCAUGGAUAGUGAGUCCAUGUGUUCGAUACUCCCCCGGCCACAUUGAUUUUACAGGCCCAAGCAGAGGGAGAGAGAGAGAGCGUCGGUGUUACGCCUACUAGCACGUACUUACAGCAGCUGAGGCGGUGUUGGUGCUUGGUAGUGAAGUGAUCAGUGUUGUGCAUCACCCUCCCCCCACACGACAAGUUGAGGUGUAAAAAGUGUACAAAUUAAGUGGUUGAAUGAGAGAAUAAGUGGCAGCAUCAUCAGGCAAGGUGUACACGUGAGGGUCAGUGAGUGUUGUUGUGUUCGUGUCAUUCAUCUCGUGAAGGAAGCUGGACACUGGUGAGACAUCCAGCGUGGGGUGGGCGUGAGGCGUGAGGGCGUGGGCGUGGUAGUGUGAAGGUAGUCACGGUGGAGACGUGUUGCGGAAAUCCAGAGCAGGCGAGGAGCGUGGCUGUUGGGGUGAGGACUCGAGUGUUGGCCAUGAACGGUGAGGCUGGCGGGGCCGGGGAAGGAGGGGGACGGGUGGUGACGUCACAGCCUGGGGGGGUCGGGGGGUCCAGCUCCUUCCUCAGGACGGGCUCCACGCCCCCUUCAUACUCCAGCUCACCGCGCCUCCGACGACUCGACGACAUGAAAAAGUCGUACAUGGGCGGCGGAGGCACCACCUCCUCCACCAUCAACCAGCCCUCAGCUGGGUACAACUCCACCUUCACCUCCAAGUAUUCCUCCAGCUCGGGCAACACCUACCGUCUGGCGUCCCUCGACCGCCUGGCGCAGAGACACAAACUUUACGACACUGCCAGCGUCCCCAACGAGGCCACCGCUAACGCCACCACCAACGCCACCACCAACAGUAACGGCGGCAGCCACGCCCCCAGCAGCGGGCCCAGGGAGGCGCGGGACACGCCCAGGGAGGCCCCCGCGCCCCCAACCCCGGCCACCGCCCCCAACCCCAACCCCCCAGUAGUGUGGCAGACCUCCCAGCUGGGCCAGACCCCCGGAGCCUCCCCCCAGCUGGCUGCCCCCGAGCCUCCCCCAGCUGGCCGUGCCCCCGAGCCUCCCCCCAGCCGUGCCCCUGAGCCUCCCCCCAGCUGGUCGUGCCCCCUGAGCCUCCCCAUUGGUCAGCCCCCUGAGCCUCCCCAGCUGGUCGCUCCUGAGCUCCCCCAGCUGGUCGUGCCCCUGAGCCUCCCAGCUGGUUGUGCCCCCGAGCCUCCCCCAGCUGGUCGUGCCCCCGAGCCUCCCAGCUGGUCAGCCCCCGAGCCUCCCCAGCUGGUCGCUCCUGAGCCUCCCCAGCUGGUCGUGCCCCGAGCCUCCUCUGCAGCUGGUCGUGCCCCGAGCCUCCCCCAGCUGGUCGUGCCCCCGAGCCUCCCCAGCUGGUCGUGCCCCCGAGCCUCCCCCAGCUGGUCGCCUGAGCCUCCCCAGCUGGUCCUGAGCCUCCCCAGCUGGUCGUGCCAGCCUCCCAGCUGGUCGUGCCCCGGCCUCCCCAGCUGGUCGUGCCCCAGCCUCCCUGCUGAGCCUCCCCAGCUGGUCGUGCCCCGAGCCUCCCCCAGCUGGUCGUGCCCCCAGGCCUCCCCAGCUGGUCGUGCCCCGAGCCUCCCCCAGCUGGUCGUGCCCCCGAGCCUCCCCAGCUGGUCGUGCCCCCGAGCCUCCCCCAGCUGGUCGUGCCCGUCACACCACCUCUGGUUCCCAGCAGCACCUCCCGGCCUGGUAAGUGUAGUGCGAGGUUUUACCUGUGUCCACCUGUUGACGACUGGAGGAAUUGCUCUCGUCACACCCAGCCACCGUCACACCCAGUCACCGUCACACCCAGCCACCGUCACACCCAAUCACCGUCACACCAGCCACCAAUCACACCCAGCCACCGUCACCCAGCCACCGUCCACCCAGUCCGUCACACCCAGCCACCGUGCACCCCGUCACCGUCACACCCAGCCACCGUCACACCCAGCCACUGCCGUCACACAGGGUACAGUAACUCCACCACUGAGCGUAAAGGUGUACUAA